AUGCCUAGAACCCUGCAGCAGCAGGCGUACCGCUGGAGGCGAGGGUCGGAGGAGAGCACCCCGGAGGACCAGGAGAGCUCCGGCGGCGAUGACUUCUUCGACGAUGAGGAUCGCUUCUCGGGCUCAGGCUCCGGCUACCCAGAGCUGGAUGUGGAGGUGAAGAGCGAGGUGCUGUUCAGGACAGAGGAGCCGGUGAUCAUCUCCACCACCCAGGCCCUGUCCCCAGUCCCCUCCGCUCCCCCAGCAGCCCUGCCAGUGCACCCCACACCAGAGGAGACCAGCACCAUCCCCAUGGCAACAACCACCUCCGUGACAACCACAGUGAGGCAAACCCCGCCCACCCCAAGCUCCGGCCCACCCGAAAGCACCACGCAGCUGCAGGAGGCGGUGCUGGAGCCAAUCGGAGGGGAGGAAGAGGAGGACGAGGAAGAGGAAGAGGAGGAGGAGGAGGAGGAAGAUGAGGAGGAGGAGGAGGAAAGCAUAACACUGGCUCUCACCACCGAGCCCAUUACAGAACCUACCACAGAACCCACCACCACCACCACUACUACAACCACCACUAGGGCCCCCCGCAGGCGCACCCCUGCCCCCACAACCACAUACCCUGCCACGUUGCGGCCCCGGGCCCCUGCCACGUCUCCCCCCUCCCCGUCUCAGGGGCCCGACUCCUCCUCUGAGACCCCCAGCAGCCCAGCUCUCAGCCCCGCAGUGGAGACAGAGAACUGGGGCGGGGUGUUCGACACGACAGUCAGUAACGAUGUGGGCGGGGCCGGGCCCAGCGGAGAUUUCGAGAUCCGAGAGGAGGAGGAGCUUAACAACAACAAGGUCAUGAGGGCCGUCACCAAGCCGACCGUCAAGAAGGCGGAGCCUGACCUGCUCGGCAACACCAUCGACACAGGCAGCUCCGCCGCUCAGCUUCCCCAGAGGAACAUCCUGGAGAGGAAGGAGGUGUUGAUAGCUGUGAUCGUAGGUGGAGUGGUGGGCGCUCUCUUUGCUGCCUUCCUGGUCAUGCUGCUCAUCUACCGGAUGAAAAAGAAGGACGAGGGCAGCUACACGCUGGAGGAGCCCAAGCAGGCCACCGUCAGCUACCAGAAACCAGACACACAGGAGGAGUUCUACGCAUAGCCGACGGCAGGACUGUGAACUUUCUUUCAAAUUAAAACAAACAAACAAGCUAAACUAAAUAAAACAAACUAUAUAAAUAAAUAAAGAAAAGAAAGCUCUUUUUAAACCUGUCCCUGGGCAGUUUCGAUGGGUCUCCAGGCACAGCUCCAUUGAGAGGG